AGGGCUUUCCCCUGUCCUAACAAGGCCUCUGUUUAUUUUAACAAGGGGCUUUUUGAGUGAGAGAGCAAGAGACUCUUACAGCUACAGCAAAGCAAGAAUGGGCUGGAUGCAGUCCUGUAUCAGGGAGGGAAUCUCUGUGCGGGCUGAAACCCUGCAAGUAAAAUCAGACCUCUGAAAAGCAAUUCCUUUUACUUGGCGAGACCUGCAUUCCCCUGCAGCUGCUGGCCUGCCCGGCCUAAGGCACAGCAGGGGAUGGAUGCAUGAGAAAUUCUCCUUUAGAGCAGCAGACCCAGCAGAAAGGCAGCAGGACCCAGAGCUGUAGAGCGGCUGCCGCUGACUCUCAGCGGCCUCCUGCCCUUUGGAGCGCGGGUGCCUCCCGCGAGCCCUCCCAACAUGUUUAACUUGAAGAAAAAGGACAAAGACAAAGAUGGGUCGAGGAAGGACAAGAAGGAAAAGAAGGAGAAAAAGGAGCGGAUGUCGGCAGCCGAGCUCAAGAGCCUGGAGGAGAUGAGCCUGCGCAGGGGCUUCUUCAACCUCAGCCGCACCUCCAAGAGAGAGUCCAAGUCCCGGCUGGAGAUCUCCAACCCCAUUCCCAUCAAGGUGGCCAGUGGCUCAGACCUGCACCUCACUGACAUCGACUCAGACAGCAACCGGGGCAGCGUGAUCCUGGACUCGGGCCAUCUCAGCACAGCCAGCUCCAGCGAUGACCUCAAGGUGGACGACACAAACUUCAAGGGCUCGGUUCUGCAGCGGGCGGCCAAGUUCGGCUCCCUGGCCAAGCAGAACUCCCAAAUGAUUGUCAAGAGGUUCUCCUUCUCCCAGAAGAGCCGGGACGAGAGUGCCUCGGAGACCUCCACACCCUCCGAGCACUCUGCAGCCCCUUCCCCGCAGGUGGAGGUGCGCAUGCUGGAGACUCAGCUCAGCAAGCAGGGAGCACCCAUGGGCCACCUGAGGGCCCCCUCAUCAUCGGCGCUGCGAGCCAGGGUGCCCGAGGUGGUCAGCAAGAGGUUUCCUGCUGAGCUGAGGCUGCCCAUGGUGGUGCCGCCCCAGCCCCCCGUUCCCCGGGAGCUGGAGCUGCAGCGACGUAACACCGGUGACUUUGGGUUCUCUCUGCGUCGCACGACCAUGCUGGACCGGGCCCCUGACGGGCAGGUGUACAGGCGGGUGGUACACUUUGCGGAGCCGGGUGCUGGCACCAAGGACCUGGCACUGGGGUUGGUGCCGGGGGACCGGCUGGUGGAAAUCAACGGCCGGAACGUGGAGAACAAGUCUCGAGACGAGAUAGUGGAGAUGAUCCGGCAGUCAGGGGAGACUGUGCGGCUGAAAGUGCAGCCCAUCCUGGAGCUGAGCGAGUUGAGCCGCUGUUGGUUGAGGAGCAGCGAGGGCCUGCGCCGAGCGGCCUUCGAUGUUAAGGACGAGGACAAAGAUUUAUCUGUGAAAAAAACUGGGAAAGAGGAUGGGGCAUCAGAAAAUCCAAAUGCAGGGAAAGACGAGCCACCCGCUUCCCGAAGCCCAGAGCCUCCAGUGUGUCCAGAGAGAGUGAAGAGCCCAGAGCCGCUGCUCAACGGUGAUAACCAGCCGCCCUCCCUCGCACCUGCCCAGACCAUGAACGGCCUGGAAGGAUCCAGGGCUGGCUCGCUGGCCCAGCCCGAGCCGCUGGGAGCGGAGAGCCAGGGCCUGUCCAGGAAGAGAGUGGUGAGGGUGGUGCGGAAGGUGGUGCGCAAAGUCCUGCCUGGUGAGGACUCUGGCAGCACCAAGGAGCUGGGGAGGGACGUGAAAUCUCCUGAGCCAGCUUCGCCAGCCAAAAAGGAAGAGAAGGCGCCACCGAGGGUGGUGUCUCCACCUCCACUGCCUGCGUCUUCCCCGAAGCCGGAGCCCAAGGAGACUGGCCCCAAGGAUGAGAUCUCGGUGGGUCUGAGAAGCCUGAUGUCCCGAGGCAAAACCAAACAGCACAGGCCUCGCCUCAGGCCAGCGGAGGAGAAAGCUCCCAAGCUGAAAACACCCGCAGUGGGGAAGGAACCCGAGAAGCCUGGCUCCCCGUCUCCUGCGCAGGAGGAAGGGCCAGUCGCCACCCCACACCCCAAAGCAAAGCCAGAGCAGACGGUGCAACCCUCAGGAGCCAAAGUGGAGCCAACACAAGUGGCACCUCAGAAAGCAGCUGCCCUGGGGCAAGCCAAGGAACCCCAGCCAGCAGAGAAGCAGCUGCCUCCCCCAGGAGCCGCAGAGGGAUCUCCCCAGCAGGUGUGCGUGGCUGCAGCCGGCCCCGGUUCCCAGCUGACCCCCGUGGAGGAAGCUCACAGACGGCUGGAGAGGAUCUUCAUGGCUGCUCUGGAGCCUGUGGCCUCCCCGUCAGCACAGAGUCAGGUACUGUACCCCUGCCCACAGGAGCUCUCUGCUUCCACCGGUGACCUCCCACCGUCGCCUGUCUGCCUCUGGGCUGGUGUCUGUGCACGCGCCUCAUGCUGGAGUGGACAGGCGGACGAUGCCCCAGCAGCCAAGUUGGGCCCAGUCUCUGCUGCAUCCCUGCCUCAGGCGAAGACGGAGGAGCAGAUUGCUGCCGAGGAGGCCUGGUAUGAGACGGACAAGGUGUGGCUGGUCCACAAGGAUGGCUUCUCCUUGGCGAGCCAACUGCGAGCGGAUGAAGCGAGCCUCCUGCCCGAAGGGAAGGUGAAGGUGAAACUGGACCACGAUGGGGCCGUGCUGGAAGUGGACGAGGAUGACGUGGAGAAGGCGAACCCGCCGUCCUGUGACCGGGUGGAGGACCUGGCCAACCUCGUCUAUCUCAAUGAAUCCAGCGUGCUGCACACGGUGCGCCAGCGCUACGGGGGUAACCUGAUCCACACCUACGCGGGGCCCACCGUGCUGGUCGUCAACCCGCUCAGCUCCCCCUCCAUGUACUCCGAGAAGGUGAUGCACAUGUUCAAAGGGUGCCGCAGGGAAGACAUGUCUCCGCACAUCUACGCCGUGGCCCAGGCCGCCUACCGCAACAUGCUGAUGAGCCGCCAGGAUCAGUCAAUCGUCCUGCUGGGGAGCAGCGGCAGUGGCAAGACUACCUGCUGCCAGCACCUGAUCCAGUACCUGGCCACCGUAGCUGGCAGCACGGGGAAGAUCUUCUCAGCGGAGAAGUGGCAGGCGCUCUACACCAUCCUGGAGGCUUUUGGCAACAGCAGCACCAGUAUGAACGGCAACGCCACUCGCUUCUCCCAGAUCGUCUCGCUGGACUUCGAUCAGGCUGGCCAGGUGGCCUCAGCCUCCAUACAGACGAUGCUGCUGGAGAAGCUGAGGGUCACCAAGCGGCCGGCCAACGAGGCCACCUUCAAUGUCUUCUACUACCUGCUGGCUGGCACGGACAAUGCCCUCAGAACCGAGCUUCACUUCAGCCACUUCGCAGAGACCAACGUGUUUGGGAUUGUGCCACUGUCCAAGCCAGAAGAAAAGCAGAAGGCAGCCCAGCAGUUCAGCAAGCUCCAGGCUGCCAUGAAAGUGCUGGGCAUCUCCGGCGAUGAGCAGAAGGCGUUCUGGCUUGUCCUGGGGGCCAUUUAUCAUCUGGGGGCCGCAGGAGCCACCAAAGACACCGACGAAGCUGGAAGGAAGCAAUUUGCUCGGCACGAGUGGGCCCAGAAGGCUGCUUACCUGCUGGGCUGCAGCCUGGAGGAGCUGUCUUCAUCUAUCUUCAAGCACCAGCCCAAAGGGAGCCUGCAGCGAUCCACGUCCUUCCGCCAGGGGCCCGAGGAAGCCGGCUUGGGAGACGGCUCAGGCUCCAGGCUGACUGCUCUGGAGUGCUUGGAAGGCCUGGCCUCGGGCUUGUAUUCAGAGCUCUUCACGCUGCUCAUCUCGCUGCUGAACCGGGCUCUCAAGUCCAGCCAGCAUUCCCUGUGCUCCAUGAUGCUUGUGGACACCCCGGGCUUCCAGAACCCCGAGCUGGCAAACCAGAGCCGCGGGGCCAGCUUUGAGGAGCUGUGCCAGAACUACGCCCAGGAGCGGCUGCAGACGCUGUUCCACGAGCGCACCUUCACUCAGGAGCUGGAGCGAUACAAGGAGGAAAGCAUAGAGCUUGCAUUAGAUGACAUAGAGCCCAGUACCUCUGGCUCUGUAGCCACUGUAGACCAAGCCUCACACCAAGCACUGGUGCGCUCCUUGGCCCGCACGGAUGAGGCCCGUGGGCUCCUGUGGCUGCUGGAGGAGGAGGCUUUGCAGCCUGCGGGAAACGAGGACACGCUGCUGGAACGGCUCUUCGCCUACUACGGGCCCCAGGAGGGAGAUAAGAAAGGCCACAGCCCGUUACUCCGAAGCGACAAGCCCCGCCACUUCUUCCUGGGUCACAGCUACGGCACCAACUGGGUGGAGUACGACGCCACAGGCUGGCUGCAUUAUGUCCGGCAGAACCCAGCGUCUCAGAACGCCGCAGCUGUCCUGCAGGAAUCUCAGAAGAAAAUCAUCAGCAGCCUGUUUAUGGGCCGGGCGGGUACGGCCAUGGUGCUGUCGGGCUCCAUCGCCGGCUUGGAAGGCGGGUCCCAGCUGGCCCUGCGCAGGGCCACCAGCAUGCGCAAGACCUUCACCACGGGGGUGGCAGCGGUGAAGAAGAAGUCACUGUGCAUUCAGAUCAAGCUGCAAGUGGAUGCUCUGGUUGACACCAUCAAGAAGUCGAAGAUCCACUUUGUGCACUGCCUCCUGCCCAAAGCGGAGGGCUGGAGCGGGGACCCCAAGGGGCCGGCGGCGCGGCGGAUCAGCAGCAGCGAGCUGGACCUGCAUGGGGAGCACUGUGAGGCGGGGCUCAUGCAGCUUGACGUGCCCCUGCUGAGGGCCCAGGUCAGGGGCUCCCGGCUCCUCGACGCACUGCGCAUGUACCGGCAAGGUUACCCGGAUCACAUGGUCUUCUCGGAGUUCCGGCGGCGCUUCGACGUUCUGGCCCCUCACCUGACCAAGAAACACGGGCGGAAUUACAUCGUCACAGACGAGAAACGGGCUGUGGAAGAGCUCCUGGAAUCGCUGGACCUCGAGAAGAGCAGUUACCACAUGGGCCUGAGCCGGGUGUUUUUCCGGGCAGGGACCCUGGCCAAGCUUGAGGAGCAGCGAGACGAGCAAACGAGCAAGAACAUUGCACUCUUCCAGGCUGCGUGCAGGGGCUUCCUGGCGCGCCAGCAGUUCAAGAAGAGAAAGAUCCAGGAGCUGGCUAUCCGCUGCGUGCAGAAGAACAUCAAGAAGAACAAGGGGGUGAAGGACUGGCGCUGGUGGAAGCUCUUCACCACGGUGCGGCCCCUCAUCGAGGUGCAGCUGACAGAGGACCAGAUCCGGGGCAAAGACGAGGAGAUCCAGCAGCUGAAGGGCAGGCUCGAGAAGGUGGAGAGAGAGCGCAACGAGCUGCGACUGGGCAGCGACCGGCUGGAGAACAGGGUGGCAGAGCUCACGGCGGAGCUGACGGACGAGCGGCACACGGGCGAGUCGGCCUCCCAGCUGCUGGAUGCGGAGACGGCCGAGCGGCUGCGGGCGGAGAAGGAGAUGAAGGAUCUGCAGGCCAAGUACGAGUCGCUGAAAAAGCAGAUGGAUUCCAUGGAAAUGGAAGUGAUGGAGGCGCGACUCAUCCGGGCGGCCGAGCUCAAUGGGGACCUCGACGACGAAGACUCAGGCAGCGAGUGGCGGCUGAAGUACGAGCGAGCCAUCCGCGAGGUGGAUUUCACCAAGAAGCGCGUGCAGCAGGAGUUUGAGGAUAAGCUGGAGGUGGAGCAGCAGAACAAGAGGCAGCAGGAGAGAAGACUGGCGGAUCUGCAGGCCGAUAACGAGGAGUGCCAGCGUGCCCUGCAGCAGCUGAGGAAGAAGUGUCAGCGCCUGACGGCGGAGCUGCAGGACACCAAACUGCACCUGGAGGGGCAGCAGGGGCGCAGCCACGAGCUGGAGAAGAAGCAGCGGAGGUUUGACAGCGAGCUCGCUCAGGCUCAUGAAGAAGCCCAGCGAGAGAAGCUGCUGCGGGAGAAGCUGAGUCGGGAGAAGGACAUGCUCAUCACAGAGGUCUUCAGCCUCAAGCAGCAGCUGGAGGACAAAGACUCCGACAUCAUGAGCUUCAGCCAGAAGGUGGAAGCCCUGGAGGCCGAGCUCCAAGACGUCUCCUCCCAGGAGUCCAAGGACGAGGCCUCCCUGGCCAAGGUGAAGAAGCAGCUGCGGGACCUAGAGGCGAAGGUCAAGGACCAGGAGGAGGAGCUGGAUGAGCAGGCCGGGACCAUCCAGCUGCUGGAGCAGGCCAAGCUGCGUCUGGAGAUGGAGAUGGAACGCCUGCGGCAGACCCAUUCCAAGGAGGUGGAAAGCCGCGACGAGGAGGUGGAGGAGAUCAGGCAGUCGUGCCAGAAGAAGCUGAAGCAGAUGGAAGUGCAGCUGGAGGAAGAGUACGAAGAUAAGCAGAAGGUGCUAAGAGAGAAGCGAGAGCUGGAGAGCAAGCUGGCUGCCGCUAGUGACCAGGUACCGCCCGGGCGAGAGACCCCGCCUGGGGGUGCAGCGUGGAGCUGGACCGCCCUGGGGUUAAUGGCCAGGACUAACCCCAGCCGGGCGCACUCAUCGGGGGCACUGCCAGGAGUAGGAGGCUUGGCGCCAGCAUGGCAGAAUGGGGCGUUGGCACCCCGGCUGGCUAGUCCCUAAGCCAGAGCUGGCCCCUCUGUGUCUGCCCCAGGAGCACUCCGCUAGCCUGCCGCUGUCUGGGGCGGAGCAG